AUGGCACCUCUCGGAGAGCAACUGGUGGAUCAGCUUAAGGGCACCGUCGACAAGCUCGAGGCUCGCGUUGCCGAGCUCGAGGCCCGUCUUCACGGCAAGGCUCAGAGCUCUGCCUCGUCCUCGUCCAGCGAUGAGAGCAUGAGAAUCAUCCUGAUGGGUCCCCCCGGUGCCGGCAAGGGUACCCAGGCCCCCAAGAUCAAGGAGAAGUACUGUGUCUGCCACUUGGCUACCGGUGACAUGCUCCGCGCCCAGGUUGCAAAGAAGACCGAGUUGGGCAGACAGGCCAAGAAGAUCAUGGACCAGGGCGGUCUCGUCAGCGACGAGAUCAUGAUUGGCAUGAUCAAGAGCGAGCUCGAGAACAACCCUGAGUGCAAGUCUGGUUUCAUUCUCGACGGUUUCCCUCGCACCGUCGCCCAGGCCGAGCGCCUUGACGACAUGCUCAAGGCCCGCCAGCAGUCGCUCAAGCACGCCGUUGAGCUCCGCAUCGACGACGAGCUGCUCGUCUCUCGUAUCACCGGUCGUCUCGUCCACCCCGCUUCCGGCCGUUCUUACCACAAGAUCUUCAACCCUCCCCAGAAGGCCAUGACCGACGACAUCACUGGCGAGCCCCUCGUCCAGCGUGCCGACGACAACGAGGCUACCCUCAAGAAGCGUCUGGCUACCUACCACGACCAGACUUCGCCCGUCAUCUCCUACUACCAGAAGACCAACAUCUGGAGAGGCAUUGACGCCAGCCAAGAGCCCGGAGCCGUGUGGAAGAGCAUCCUGGGUGUCUUUGAGAAGGGCGGCAACGGUAACAUCCCUGCUUCGGGCAGCCUUCUCCAGAAGAUUGGUCUCCAGAAGUAG